GUAUCCUUGUACAUAUUUAUCAUCACUUCAGCAUGUUUAUAGACCCCAAAUCUCAUAAGUUAUCUCAGUUACAACAUUCAGGGUAUAGGUCAAUCAUUAGCCAUUAUUUCGUGCUUGAUCAUAAAUGGAAACUGUAGAAGCAAACCAAUAUGUUAACUGGAAUACGAAGUGUUGCUUUAAAGUUUGGAGCUCGUUAUUAUGGCAAAAUUGGAAUAAUUGGUGUACCAUUCGAGAAAGGACAGCGUAAAAAGGGUGUAGCAGAUGGUCCACAGGUGAUCAGGGCAGCUGGUCUACUGCAAGAAUUAGAAUCUUUAGGUCUAGACGUAAAAGAUUACGGUAACGUUUCAUACGAAACGAAAGAUGUACGUGAUGGUGUGAGUAAUAUGUCACACUUAGGGGAUGUUGCUGGUUGUACUAAUUGUUUAUCUGAACAAGUACAAAAGAUUUUAAAUGAUGGUCGCCGAGUAUUAACAAUUGGGGGUGAUCACAGUGUUGGCAUUGGGACUAUAGAUGGCCAUGUCAAGGUGAAGAAGGAUGUAGGUGUAAUAUGGGUUGAUGCACACGCCGAUCUUAACACCAAUAAAACCAGUGAAAGUGGAAAUGUUCAUGGAAUGCCUGUUGCAUUAUUAACUUCUGAAUUAUCUGAUUAUUGGCCACAUCUUCCAGGCAUGGACUGGCAACAACCAAUGCUAUCAAUAAGGAAUGUAGCUUAUAUUGGAUUAAGGUCGGUAGAUCGUUAUGAAAGAUUAGUCAUUGAAAAAUUUGGUAUUACUGCUUUUGGUAUGGAAGAUGUUGAACGAUAUGGAAUUCAUGACAUUGUAAAUAUGGCAGUAGAGAAAAUAGAUCCUAGUGACUCAAAGUCACUGCAUGUUAGUUUUGACAUUGAUUCUCUUGAUCCUUUGGAAGCACCAAGUACAGGAACAUCUGUACGUGGCGGAUUAUCUCUUAGGGAAGCUGUUCAUCUAAUGGAAGAAUUGUAUAGAACUCACAGAUUAAAUGCUGUCGAUCUUGUAGAAGUGAACCCUCAAAUUGGUAGUCAACGUGACAUUAAAUUAACUGUUGAAGCUGCUCUACACAUUAUACAAGCUGGUUUUGGUUACACAAGAAGAGGACUUAAAGUUCCAGAAGGAAUUACUGAUAUGCCUUUACAAACGUUUAGAUAAUUUAAUUAUUUUUAUUUAUAUUGUAUUUUGAGAAUUUGAAUAUAA